GCACACAUGAAUCUUUUAUUAAGAGAGAAGGAUUUCGGCGCAAGGACCGAUUCAAUCAUCGUCACACAUGCACAGUCCUCCCGUCAUUGCACGCACCGUGACCAUCGUCACCAUCGUCAGCUGUCCCCCCCGCCCGCCACACCCGAAUCACCCGCAUGACCGUCCCCUCCCUCGCGUAAAGACUAUCCACACCAAACACCUCAUCGUCAAACCCAACAACCUCCCACCGCAGCCCACUCGCAGCAAAUGCCCGCCACAGCGCACUGUCCGUCUUGUCGCUGCGUCGCUGAUGGGCCAGCCACAGCUCGGUGUCUGGGUGGCCGAACCGAUCCAUUAGGGCCGCGACCGCACUGGCGAAUGGCUGCACGAGAGGCUCCACCCACACCACGUCAGCACCGAGGAGCAAGUCGACACCACCGGACCAUUCAGGCUGUGUUGCCAGGAUGCGGGCAGCGUCACUCUCCAGUGGGUCACGCCAGUCGAGAGAAGAGACACUAACGUUGACAUGGGCUGCUUCUGCUUCUGCUUGCUGGCCCAGCCAUCUGUCCAUCGUCGCAUCUCGGUUGCGUGUGAGUGUCGAUAAGCAGUAGGGCAGGUCCGUCAGCAGCACUUGAGAGGCCCCGAGAGCAGCAGCGGCCAACCCAGUAAGACCCAAACCAGCACCGAACUCCAGGACAGUCGCCCCUUUGACACGGGAUGCCAUCCUCAGCUCUAGGAACUUUGCGAGCACAACCGCGCCGUCCCAGAUUGUGCGACCUGCACACAUGGAGGCACCGCACAUCGCACAGAGAGGCAGAGUUGAUUAAGACUGAUACUGAUGCUCUGCAGGCAUGUGUCUGCCAGCCUACCUGUGUCGCCGUGUUCCUGUUGAUCCGGCCGCCUCUCGUCUUCCUCGCGCGUCGGACGGAUAACCAGCGGCAGGCCGUUCACCGCAAAGGCACCGCUGGCGAAGUCAUAGUCGAAUGCCCGCCAGGGAAGGGCCAGCUGAGGCUGUCGAGCGGUACUGGCUCCAGCAUCAUCUGCUUGACUUGCUGAGGGCACUGGCGUCCAUCUGCCCGUCGCUGCGUCGACAGCAAAGGCCGUCCCGUCCUUGGCUUUGUAGUGGCGCUUGCUGCAGCGGGUCAUGCGCAACACAAGAGAUAAAGCCAGGAACAGGGCUGCACGUGCCAGGCGCCUUCUCGGGCGCAUUUCCUC